GAGCCUCUUUGGCCUUUUUUCACACCCAUUCUUUUUGCUGUCGUUUCUUUUUGGGUUUCGGACUAAUAUUAGUAAAAUUUGAUUUUGAUUCUCUCUGGGUUUUUGUUGUCUCUUUUCCCCUCGUAAACAUGUGGUUUAAGUCUUCUCUGCUUGAGCUAGAAUGAUGGCCAUCAAGUCUAUAGCUUCUUCAUCUUCAUGCUUACUAUCACUGCUUGUGCUUACUGAUUCGGCACUAUUUGUAAUUCGCAGGAUGCUCACCCUUGAGCAACUGCUGCAUUGUGGAAGGCCAACUUAGGGGAACCUAAAUUCCACCAUUCUGAUCCUUCAGUGACAAUUGUCGACAAUGCUUCAACGGCCGGUUCAGUCAACUGCACCGCCUGCCGCAGAAGAUCUGGAAUUAACAAUGGCGAUCAACGCCUCCAUCCAGUCGGCUAUGCAGGAGGUGCCACCACAUUUUCCUGCUCAGCAAGGUGUCGGGACGAGCGCAUCCACAAGUUGGAGUGAUUCUGCGGAAGUUACGAGUCACGGUGGUUCGAGUGUGGCAGCUGCGCCGGCUCCAUCCAAGGAUAGCUGCGGUCCAAGCAAUGAAACAGCUCCAUCAGCCCCUCCGGCAAAUAUUGAGGUUGUAGAGAAUGGCCCAAUUCAAUAUCCAUCCACUGACCUUAGUCUGAUUGAUAUGUCCGCUCCAGUGAUCACCGACUUACCACCUGUUGGCUCUAGCCGGAACAAAGAAGAUGGAAGUGAAGAGACAUGCGGUGUCGAUUGUUUGGAUGAUCCCAUUCAGGGAGCUUGCGUGCCGUGUGGGCACAUGGCCGGCUCUAUGUCUUGCUUGGAGAUGAUCAAAGCCAAGAAAUCCGGGUGCUCGGUUCAUCGUAUCAAGAUUGACCAAGUCAUAAGGCUGUGCCCUUUUUGACUAUGAAGCUUGCCUAUAUG